ACAGCCAUGGGAUGGGCUUUGGCAGCCUCUAAUGGAGUUUGCCAGAAGUUUUCUUGCAGAGCUGGCAGGAAAAAAUGUUGAGUCUGCAAAAAGAGCUCUUGGAGGGAGAGGAAGGAAAAGGAGCCAUUUCCCAGUUUUGUCUAAGUACUAUCAACCUUUAAACUUACUGGGAGAGAAGGCUGUGCAGCAGUGGCAUCCUUCUCUUUGACUUUUUUUGGGCAUUGUCUGGCCGAAGUGUUUUUUCUCUUGCUGGAAAGGUCUUUCUGAGCCUCAAAACAGGGGAUGGCUGGAGUGGCAAAGACCAGGAGGACUCUGAAGGACAGACAUGGAAAGCAGCUCCUGGAACCAGAUGGGCUUUAUCUCCUGGCAGCUGCUGCAUUGCUUGCUGUGAUCUGCUGUUUAUAUUGUUCAAAACAUUCCAUGGAACAGGAAAACUGUGGUUUGCUGCCGUGGCAUGAACCAAAACAGCCUCUGGAGUCAUCGUGUGUGUGUAAGGUGGGGAGUGGAGAAGGUGACGUCAUAAAUUACGGGAAAAAAACCACCGUGUGUGGGAAUGAGAAGGACGUGACACCACAGUGACAGAGAGGGACUAAGGAGUGGCACGGGAGUGUUUUCCAGGAGUGUUUCUCCAGGAUUGCUGCCUCCCAGGGAGGGGUGAGGUGGGUCACACCAUCACCUUACAGCCAACAGCCUACAGCUGUUUUUUUCCCCAUUGGUCACGCAUCUUCCUUAAAAACUUUUCCACUCCAUCAGCUGGUGAGAGACUGUUAAGAGGAAGGAGGAACUACUGGAAUAUGUUUUUUGAGCUUUGCAGCAUUGGAGACUGAUUGAUUUACCCCUCCCAGGUUUGUAGUCCAGUGAUUAAAGUCUCUGGCAGAAUUUAGCUUUUUAAACUACUGAAUUCAUAUCCUCCUGUGUACAGAGAAAGGCCUGAAAAACGUUUAAAAUCUUAAACCCCUAAUUUCCUCUUUAUUUAAGAAAAAGAGAAAAUUUUAGUUAGGUGUGGAGGGAUUUUUUCCACAAUUCCCUUACAGAAUAGAAAACUUAAUUUUUUCAAACAACCUCUCUUUAAAUGGAUUUUCAGUUGCUAGGAUGUAAACACUUCUGUGAGCAUUUUGCAUUCCUUCCUUUUGCUGGGUUUUCCUUUGGCUGGGUGAGUGAUGCAAGAAUCCUCCCCCAUGGUGUUAUUUUUGUGAAGUGCUGCUGCAAGAGUGUUUUCGGUGUUUCCUGUAGGAGCCAAACACAUUUUCUUCUAUAGAGAAAAACCUUUCCCGGGGAUUCCCGGUGGGAGGGAUGUGUUGGCUGGGAGCGCCACCGCUGGGUUGGCAACUGUUCCUCCCUCCUUCUCUGCCUUUUAGACCCAUUUUCUGCAUUUUUGCUCUUUGGUUUGAACUUUGGGUGGAUUUGGCUUUACUUAUUUGCAAAUAUUACAUGGACUUCUGGACCUGCAGGGGAGUAAACAGAGCGACUGAAGGUGUAAAUUACCAAAAAGCAGCUGUGAAUGAAAAUAGCAGAAGUAUUCUCUGUGGGUUUUACCAAACCCUCAGUGAAAGCUCUUUGCCACCCUUUAGUCUGUUUGUCGCCUCCUGGGCUGGGGAGCCCUUUCAGGGGAUUUGCUCAAGUGCUGGCAGGACUCACUGACUAAGCAAAAAGGGCUCUCUAAGACCCUGACUCAGUACUUUAAAUUUGUUCUAAGACAUCUUGAUCUUUUUUCACACUUGAAUCCCAUUUUACCUCCUCCCCCCCCUUAUCUUACUUACUCCUGCAAUUAUCAGUUUAACUGCCCUAUUUUUAAAUCUGGGUUAUUAAUUAAAAGUGAUUCCUCCUUGGAGCUCAAAUGUUCAUCACAUUUAUGAUUGCACUUGAAUAGAAAAUUUUUGUGUGCUUUGUUACCACCAAGAGCCAAAGCAAUACCGUGCAGUGCUCAAUGUCCGUGCCAGGAACAAAAAACUGGCGAUGGAGACAAAAACCUCUGGAGCUGUGCAAGAGUCCAAGUGCCCAGCGCUGGCUUUUAUCACAUGCUGGGACAAGGAUCACGUGGAGAGGCGGGGAGCCAGCCCUGCAGAGCCCGGGUGACAUCGUGGUGGUGGUGGUGGGGUCUGGGGAGCUCCUGCUCCGAUGGCAUCCGUAACCCAGCAUCACAUCCAGAAGUUCCACAAGGAUGGCUUCCUUGUCCUGGAGCAGUUUUUCAGCGCAGAGGAGUGUGACAGCAUGAGGAGCCAGAUCCAGAGAAUCGUGGCGGGGAUGGAGGUGCCUCCGCACUGCCGCACCGCCUUCUCCACCAGGGAGGAGGAGCAGCUCCGGGCGCAGGGUAGCUCGGAUUAUUUCCUAACCAGUGGAGACAAGAUUAGAUUCUUCUUUGAGAAAGGUGUUUUGGAUGAGAAAGGUAACUUUCUAAUUCCAAAGGAGAAGUCUGUCAGCAAGAUUGGCCAUGCUCUACACGCUUAUGAUCCUGUCUUCAAGCAAAUCACCCACUCCCCCAAGGUGCAGGAACUGGGAAGAAAACUAGGCCUUGAGAAACCAGUAGUUGUGCAGAGCAUGUAUAUCUUCAAGCAACCUGGCAUUGGUGGUGAAGUGACACCACACCAGGAUGCCACCUUCCUGCACACGGAGCCCCUGGGCAGGAUCCUGGGCUUCUGGAUUGCCCUGGAAGAUGCCACACAGGAGAAUGGCUGUUUGUGGUUCAUCCCUGGCUCUCACACCAAUGGAAUUGCCCGGAGGAUGGUCCGUGCAGCUUCAGGUGCCUCAACAUGUGUGGAGUUUGUAGGCUCAGAGCCAGCCUACGAUGACAAGCAGUUCAUACCUCUGCCUAUAAAUAAAGGUGGACUCAUCCUCAUCCAUGGUGAGGUUGUCCAUAAGAGUGAACUCAACAGCUCAGGGUCUUCUCGCCACGCAUUCACCUUCCACGUGAUGGAAGCCAAAGGCACCACCUGGAGCAAAGAGAACUGGCUCCAGCCAACUCCUGAACUGCCUUUUCCAUCACUCUACACUUGAAGUUGGUGACUGGCUUGUGGAGUCAAUAGCUGAUCAAUAUUCCUUUCUGAUUGUUCAUUCACGGUCUCUUUAAAAACAGCCUUUACUGGAUCAGCUCUGUGUUCAUUUAUCCUCCUCCUCAAAACCAGGACCAUUAUCACAGCCCAAAACCUGCAGUAGACAGAAGCUUCCACUGCAGCAGGAGCCCUGCCAGUAUGAGAGUAGUCACUCAGUCCUUUUGGUAAGGAAACACCUUCAGUCUUGAAAACAAACCAGUUCAGACCAUUGACCUUGACUGGGACCACUUACCAAGUAUUUCUCCUUGCAGACACUCAAUGUUUUCUUGUGUUUAAGAGCUCAAGUGUAUUUCUUGGCUGGUUGACUCCAGCAGUGCAAGUGAACAUGUGGGGAGUUUUUCACCCCUAGGUUUCUGUCUUAUUGUUGGAAUAAUAGUGAUUUUAAAACAAUCUUGUGGGUAAAAUGAAGGAGGUCAUCUGCUUUUUAUAGUCAAUCUUCUAAAUACUCCUGGCAGACAGUAGCUGAGUGUUUUAUCUCUGGGUGUGAUUAAAAAUAUGACAAUUUUUAAAGAUUCAUUUUGAAUUUAUGGAAACAAAGAACCUCAAUCAAACUCUUUACAUUUAAUAAAAAGAUAGAAAUUCUC